UGUAGAAAGCAGUGUAGAUAAUAUCAGUAAUAUGCAUAUUUAUUGAUCGUGUGUAUCGUAUUAAACAGACGCUUACUGGGAGCAUGAAGAAGAAUUUGAUAUAAUAAUGAAAAAAAUUGAUACUUUGGCUCACGCGAAAAAUGUGGGAACACCACGUUCUAAGGUCGGAGAAAAGAAGAAGAAAGAAAUGACAUCGGCCACGCCACCUUCUACGGUGAUGGCGCAAGGAACCAUGUUUCAGAUGACAAGUUACUAAAGUAAUGGUCUACGAUGAAGAAGAAAUAAAAAAAAUCGUAGAUGAAUUUGAAGAAAUGGACGAGGAAGAAUACGAAAAUGCCAAUCCUGAACUUAAACAACUCUAUAUUCGACACGGUUUAGAAGCGAGAAAAAGAAAAUAUUUUGAAAAGAUGGGAAUGCCAAGUGACACCUUCACUAACCUCGAUAGACCAGACAAAAAGUCGGCAAAAGGUAAAGAUACGAACGCAGGAAAUGUACCAUCAGCGGUUAUUACUACAGACUCGAAGAAAAAAAUUAAGAAAGACGACGCCAAAGGGAAACAGAGCGAAGUAGUUGCCAUGCAACAAAUGUAUCAGGAAUAUAAUAAAAAUGUGUACGAAUAUCUCAUAAACAUCGCUAAUAAUUGGAUUAUAGAGGAAUGUGAGAUAGGAGUCCCAUUACUAAGUUUUAAUGGUCAGCUUUUGGGCGCCACUCAGAAGAAAAAUAAAUCAAAGAAAUCGGAAGUGAUGUUGGCGAUGUCUGAGGUUAAUUUUGCUGAUAGAGGUUUCCCUUUGACAUUAAUUCAAUGUCCAUGUUUGCGAUAUAAAGAGGCUGUUGUGAAUAUGUUUAAAAAUUGCGCCUUUGUACAAGAAAAAUUGAAAGUGGAGGAAGAAUUUGACAUACUACAAUGUCCAGUGAUCAGUAAAGAGUAUACAGUAUUACUACCAAAGACCAUGCCUGUGUUACACUUUGAGGAUUGCUUAGAGUGGUACCACUUGGAUGAAGCGACGAUUAAAAAAUGCGAGUGCAAUCAAAUCACGGACUUAAAUUUGCUGGACGACUCUACACAAGACAACGUCUUGAAUAUUCUUUCUAAAUGGCACUGUACUUGCGGCAAAAAGGUUAAUUCUUCGCAAACGUCUACAAGUGAAAUACCUUCGACAUCUUAUGAUAGAAUGGUCUCGGCAGAAGAGGAUGAUGCAUAUCUGUAUCCGCUACCAUUACAUUGUGUCAAAGCUGUGCCAGACUCCGAAACAGAUUAGUAGGGACCAUUCUGUUUCAGCCCCUGAUAGCCGUUUG